GACAUCAGACUGCAAUGGGCGGUCCUGGUUCGUGCUAUGCUGGUGGUCAUGCGGAUGUUCGCCCAGAGCAGGCGCCAGAAGCUGAUCGACUCCGUGCUAGGCGACCGCUUCUCGGUGAUGAAGAUCCCCACCUUCCCGACGCCGCACGCAGUGAGCUACCAGCCGGACACUCGGACGGGAUCAUCGACAAGGAUGGCAUUCUUCCCGGAGGACGCGCGGACGUGCCUCCAUCCCGACAACGGCGAACACGAGUAUUCGGUACCAGCGGGCAAGUUCAAGGAGUGUCUCUACUGUGGGACGAUCUGGAAGGCGGAGAAGUACCCGAUCAAGCUGGGCAAGACACAGUCGACGGAGGCCAUCUUCUGGAACUUGCACGGCACCCGCAAGACACCAGGGUCCAAGAUCGACCGACUCAGCACGGCGGCAUCGGCAAGCAGCUCCUACGUGCCGCCUUCCUCGUCGGCACGGCGCUCACGCCCCUCGCCCCAAGCUGGUCGCUCGGAGGUUUCGCGGAGGACUACCAGCCUCAGGCGGGCUCGAUCUCCGAGUUCGGACGCGAUGGGAGUCGAUGGGGCUGGAUUCGAGCUGGGAGCGACCGCCGGAGCCUCCACGCUCGGCGCAGGAGCCGGAGGCACCCUGAGUGCCGGUCAGGCGCGCAGGCACGUUGGCAUGGCGUGGUCAGCCUACCAGACCAUCAGCCUCGAGAAGGACGUGUACACGAAUAAGCUCCACACUAGCAAGAUCCCCAGGCGUCAUCGCCGAGGUGUCGAUAUGCUGGAGGUCUUCGGUGGCGAGUGCGGCAUCACCAUUCACGCCGCCGACCGCGCUCGCGGUUGGAACAUGCACGCGCUGCAGCCGAUCGACAAGCUCUUCGGUCAGGACCUCAAGAUUCAGCAGUGCUUCCUGACGUUCGCCGCGGACAUCUUCAAGAAGCAGAAGCACUACGGCAACCGCGCGCUGCUCGAGAACCCUGCUACGGCGGACUCGUGGCGCGAGGACGUGAUCAUGCACGUCCGCCGGGGCAAUGUCGAGCGCACCUCCAACGUGUGCAUGUUCGGCAUGGUCGGCAAGGACGGCCUGCCCAUGAAGAAGUUGGUCAGGUGGUUGGGUACGCAUCCACUUUUGAUUCAGGAGCUCGACCGCCACUGCGAUAACCAGCAUCAGCAUGAGGAGGUUUCUGGUGGAGGACCUUCAGGCAAUACCAGCAGGUCCCAGGUCUACACGUUGCAGCUGGCCGACGCGAUCUGCCGAGGCCUGACGAGGGUCAUCGAGUCGGAGGAGUUCUGCCACGGCGUCCACAUCUGCAGCUACUACCCGGUGAGAUACGACAAGCCGGCGUCUCAUGUCCACCAGGUGUGCUACGCGGCGGCCAACAUGGAGCCCCGCUGGCGGGCUAUCAUGAGCGGCGUGGUGGACAUCAAGAGUCGCCGUAACGCCGGUUCGGCGACUGUUGCGAAGGACUCCGAGAUGUGGAAGCAGGUGGAGGAGCUCAUUCCCUGGCAGUUGCUCUGUAUCCAGGCCGCCUUCCAACCGAAGGCCAAGCGGCUCCGACCAGAGUUCGGGCAUGACGUCCACCGGUGCUCGGUCCUGGUUCAGGAGGACAACCAGCUGGUUAUCGAGCGCGAGUACGUCCCUGACGCCUACGCCCCGCGCGAGAGGUUCCAGACACCAGUCAGGUACGCGCUCUUCGUGAUCGGCCGUGCUCCUGUGGGCGACCCAGUUUCACCUCGACCUCCUGUCGGAGGCGAGUCACGCCAACCUGUGCCAGUUCCAGCACCAGGUGAGCCACAGCCUGAGGAGCUCCAACCAUCUACCGUUCAGCAGCGCGCCGGCGACGAGAUCUGGUUCGCAGGUCCGCCUCUGACGGCGGAGGAGAUGCGCGCGGCCCCGAUCGUGGCACGGAUGCAUCAGAACCUGAGCCACCCGCUGCAGCCCGACUUCACUCGGUUCUUGAACAGCAGCGACGCCAGUCAGGUCGUCAUUGACUUGAGCCGCAGGCUUCGGUGCAGUUCGCGUCUCAGGAACGCGAAGCCGCGCCGACCGAGACUGGUCAAGAUCCCCUACACCGGCGCGUUCAAUUCGAGGGUCGGCCUCGACUUUUUCUACCUGCCCGACGCCGCGUACCACACUCACCAGUUCUUGAGUAUUCUGAAGAUGGACCCAGCUCACAUGCUCCAGCUCUUCACCAUGUGUUGGCUGUCUUGGGCCGGGUAUCCUGAUCACGUGGUGCGCGAUCGCGACGGAGCUUUUCAGGGCAACUUCGUCGAGCACUUGGAGGAACACGAGGUGUUGGUCGAGAAGCCCCCCGCUGAGGCCCACUGGCAGUCGGGCCGCGUGGAGGCUGAAAUCGCCCUCUGGGAGCACCUGGCGCAGCGAGCUACCGACGCGAUGCAGCUGCCCGGCCCCGACGACAUGAGGCUGAUGACUGCGCCGACCAAUCAGUCUCGGAACUCACGAGUGCGCCAGUGCGGAGCUUCACCAUAUCAAUGGACUUUUGGCAAGGAUCCCAGGAUCCCCGACAGCAUCACCGACCCUGCCAACUCCGCGGCGGUUCACAGUGCGAUGACAGCAGACGCCGAGCUCGCCAAGAGGGUCCGAGUCUCUCAAGAGGUCGAUGCUCCGGGUCAAUCGGCCCUACCGGGCGACUACACCGCCGGCGACCGCGUGGCAUUCUGGCGGCUGCCCAAGAACAAGAAGGGCAAGCAGUUCCCGGUGAUCGGACCUGGCGGCAACGGCGGACCAGACGACAAUAACGUCUGGGUUCAGUCGACAGGACAUCCCAUCCUGGUCUCGAAGGAGCAGCUGCGCGAAGCCCUCGGCACCGAGAUAUGGGUCCCCGACGACACCGACCUGGCCGAGCUACGCAAGAGAGUGGCCGUGAGCGCCAACAGCCACCGCGUCAGGAAGCUCUGCCAGGGCCGCCGCCGCAAUCUCAUGCAGUUGAACCACCAGCGCCGGAGGCGAUGCGCGACAACCUUCUGCCAGCCGUGCGACCUCUACCAGAAGCUGCAGCUGCCGAAGGACCCCGUAGUGCCCGUGUUGGACUCUGAGCGCUACGCGCACGACAACAUUCCGAUCCGCGAGGUCUACCUCGCCACGAACGGCCAGUUCACCAUGGCGAAGAAAGACCAGAAGGCGCUCAUCAGGGAGAUCCCGUGGUCACAGAUUCCUGAGGAUCAGAAGCAGCUCUAUCGGGGCGCCCUGGCACGCGAAUGGUCGUCAUGGCAGCGUUUCUCAGCAGUGGAGGUCCUGGACCUCAAGACUUCCAAGCAGAUCGAGCUGGACGCCAAGAGGAAGAAGCGGAUCAUUCCAUCGAGGGUCUGCUAUCGCGACAAGAACGCUGGCCGAGGUGUUUCGGAGAUCGACGCGAAGGGUCGCCUCGUCGGCAUUGGCUGCAACGACCCGGACAUCCUGACUCUGAGGCGCGACGCGCCAACUCUGACACGUGCUGGCUUCUACAUCCUCUUGCAGGUAGUAGCUAGCUGGGACUACAACCUCUUCGGCGGCGACGCCACCACAGCCUUCCUUCAGGCCGACCAGAAGGCACAGAGGGACAAGCCCAUCUACCUUCGUCAACCUGGUGAAGGCCUCCCUGGAGUACCCAAGGGUGCCCUCCUGCUGGUGCGCGGCGCGAUUUACGGUUUCGUGAACAGCCCCCGCCUCUGGUGGCGUGAGCUCCGUGACUUUCUGAUCAGCACCAGUGGCAAGCAAUGCCUGUUGGACAAGGCACUUUUCUGUUUUUACAAGGCUGGACGUUUGGUGCUGAUCGUGGGCGUUCAUGUGGACGAUCUCAAGGGUG